GUGAAACUCUUGCACCUGACAGGAUUCCUCAUCACUGUCUACAGACUGAUGCACAGCUCUGUCCUUCAUGAGAUAGCAGAAAAGACAUCACGUUCAUUUCUCAUAAGAAGAAGCUUCCUAUUACCAUGGACAAACAGUCCACAGUGGUGUUUCGAAAUGUGGGGCAACUGUACUUCCCCCAAACCAGAGUGGAGUGCCACUACAGCCUGACCUCUGACCAUCAGUGGAGCAGCAAUGACUGGAUAGGGAUUUUUGAGAUGGGCUGGUCUUCAGUGAAACAGUAUUACACAUACACAUGGGCUCUUGCUCCUGAGGGCUACACUGAGGGAACCAGUGUAAACUGCUGUGCACUUUUCCACGCAUGUUACCUGCCCCGUCCCAGUGCCAUGGAGUACCAGUUUGUGUACGUGGAUAAGAUGGGACAGGUGUGUGCCUGCAGUCGACCCUUCACUUUCUGUGCUCCCAAGCCACUAGAUGAGCUGGAGACUCUGAGAGAGGAACGAGAUGAGGAGGACGGAGAGGAGGAGCUGCUUCUGGUCAUCCCCAGGGCCCAGCUGCUGCAGAGUCAAUUGGAAGAAUGCUUAAAAAAACAAGCCAAUUUAGAGCGGGCUGUGGACGUGGCAAAAAAGGAGACAGAGAAUGAGAAAGAGAACAGAAAAAAAGCUAGGAUGGAGUGGGAGAGUGAAAGAGAAGCAAUGAAGGGAGAGAUCUCAGAGCUUAGACACAGCCUGAGACACAACUGUGACUUGUUGAAGAAGAUGGAAGGAAAACACAAGGAUGUGAAGUACAGUCAGGAGAGUCUGACCUCUGAGCUGAGUAAGCUCAUGGCUGACAAGGCUGAGAGUCAGCAGCAAAUCAGAGACCUGGAGGACGAUGUCAAAGUUCUGACUGACAGGGAGAAAGAGGGUAACACGGAGCUGGAAAGGCUGAGGGAAAGAUUGAAGAAAAUGUCCAGUCAAAUGAAGCAUGAUGAGGAAAAGAGAAAGUCUAUACAGGUGGAGAACGAGGCUUGUAUGACGGAGGUACGAGGGCUGCAGGAGCGUCUGGAUGUCAGUGAGCAAGUAAACGAGAGCCUGCGCAGAGAGCUGAGGGAGCUGGGCACCCGUCACACCCAUACCCACACCGAGCUGCACCAAGCCAGGCUUCAAGUGGCCCAGCUCACACUACAGCUGUCUGAGGAGAACCUGGUCUUCAGGGAGGAGCACGCCAACUGGGCUCUAGAGAGAGAGGCUUAUAAACAAGCAGCAGAAACUGAUAAAAAGAAAUUGCAAGAGCUGAGCUGUGAGUUGCAGAGGAAGGAGGACUGGUUCCAGGAGGAGAGGAUGGAGAGGGAGAAACUAGAAGUAGAGCUCAGAAGAGAGAGAGACUGCAGUCGAGUGCUGCUGAGUGACGCCAAGCGAGAGCUACAGGAGCUGAAGGCCAGUCUGAGGAAAGCCCAGACAGAGAGGGAGGAGCAGCAGCUUGAGAAACAGGACCUGGUGAACUACAUCCAUCAGUUAGAGGAAAGGUUGGGGAUUGUGCCAGAAAUGAAAUCAAAAGGAGAAAUUCCCACAUCUGUCUCUCCUGACUCUUCCUCUGAGGAUGACGAGGAUGCUUCCUCAGCUUCUCCCAGAUCAAUCUGUUCGCCUCUUUUCCUGUCCACUCACCUGGAACGGUCCGAUAGAGCUGAGACACAGGCAGAGACCCAUAUCCCAAGGGAAGAAGACACGCCAUCCUCUGACGCACAGUAUGAGAAGAGGCAAAGGUGUAAGCCCCGAGCUGGUGAAGGGAAGCCACAGAUCCUACCAGAGCUCAUUGACCGCGUCCUGAGUGAUCUGGCUGACUCCCCCAUGUGGUAACACAAAGAAGGAUGGCUGGACGGCAGGUUGCUUGUUUACCACUGCAAUGCACGUUCAUAAGAAAACCUGGUAAACUUUUGUGAUCAUUCUGUUGUUGUUCUGUAGCUGUUCAUGUAGAAACCGGCCUUCACAAAGGUCACAGCAUAGAGCCUAUACCUCGUGAGUGCCUGAAUUCUCAGAAAACAUGGCACAAUGUGUAAGUCUUAAGUGUCCAGAAUUGUGUUUGUUAGUGUGGACAGUGAUGUUGUCACUGGUUUAGGAUUAGUAAAAUUUGGGAUAAACAUGAAGUGCUAAUAACAUAUUUUCUGUCUGCAUAUGCUUCUCGUCUUCAUCUUCUUCAUGCAGAUGUUGAUUAUCCAGGAAUAUCUGUAGAAACCUUACUGUGUUUGUAAUUCCCUGAUUUUCUGGCUUUUUUACUGAAUGAAAAUGUGGAUGUGUUGUAACUGGUGUGAGGAAAAUUGAGAAAUGAUGCAAUGAUCAGCGUGAAUUUAACGCAUUACAUCUUGUUUUCAUAUCAGCCCCUAACCUCUGCAUGUGCGUGUGAAUCCUGAAACCAUGUCACCAUGUGUGGGUGUGUGCUGCAGAUGUGUGAAAUGAUCUGUUGUAGCUUGUUGUGCCGAAUGUCAAGUUGGAUUAACAUGAAGGUUUAUUUAUGAUACUUUUCUCUAUUGAUCUGAGCUUCUGUUGGAAAGGUGGGGGUCUUUAAUAAAAUAUGAUAAUAAA